AUGUCGUCUCUCACAUGGUAUCAGCGCCAUGAGGAGCCUACUGAGAUAAUAGUGGAGUAUGAACAUGGGUCUUACUAUUUCUUUGAUCACAAGUUGGAUUCUGGAUGGUGCGUGAAAAGAUUACCUGAUUUUACUUAUUUUACUUUACGGAAGAGACCCAUUAAAAUUUCUUCAAAAAUUUUAUCAGCAGCAUUGCUGAUGGAACUGAAAUACCCUCCAAUUACCCCUUCAAGACAUCCUCAGGUGAAGAUCAUCAAAACUAAUGGAAUUUGGGAAAAGUUAUCGUCUAAAAAGAGCCUUUUCAUUGCUGCCAGUGGACUAAAGAAACGGUCAUGGAGAUACCAUCAGUUGUCUCUCACAUGGUAUCGACGCCACGAGAAGCCAACUCAGAUAAUAGUGAAGUAUGGACGUGGGUCUUACUAUUUCUUUGAUCACAAGUUGGAGUUUGGAUGGUGCGUGAAAAGAUUACCUGAUUUUACUUUACGAUAUAUCGAUCUGGAGGGAUGA